CGCACUCUCCCUGCUCCACUCUGCUCUCUACUCUGCUCUACUCUGCUCCAUCAAAUAGGAAGUUGACCACUUGAACAAUCGAAUUGUGGAGAUUAAGAAAAUUCGAUCAAGUAUCGGCGCCCGAAUGACGCCCGAGAGCACCAGGUCGGCGGCGGUGGCAGCGGCAGGGAAAAGGAGGAAAAGGGGAAGGGCUGAGGAGGAGGAAAAGGGGAGGAGCGGCGCGGGCGAGAGAAGGUACUUGGGGGUGAGGAAGCGACGGUGGGGGAAGUGGGUGUCGGAGAUCCGACUCCCUCGGAGCCGGGAGAGGAUAUGGCUGGGGUCCUACGACGCGCCGGAGAAGGCGGCGCGGGCCUUCGACGAGGCCGCGUUCCGCCUCCGCGGCGCCGCCGCGCGGCUCAACUUCCCGGACCAGAUCCCGGCCGAGUACACCUCGGAGGCAGUGCCGCACGAUCAAAUCCAGGCCGCAGCGGCGCGGCACGCCCGCAAUCAGCCGGUUCCGGAAGAGGAAGAGGCCGCGCCGGACAACCGACAGCGUUGCGUGGGAGCCGCCUUGCCGGAGAGGUCAGCGUCGGCCGAUGACGAAUUGUCUUUCGCAUGCGAGGAUUUCCUGUGCGAAUUUUUUCCGGUGGCGGCGGGGCACCAAUGCCGCGAGGAGCCGCCGGAUAACGGGGAGAAGGCGGCGCCCGAGAAAUCCGUGGAGGUGUGCGCCGAUUUCCCUUUCGUGUACGAGGACUACUUCUCCAACGAUUUCUUUCCAGUGGCGUCGCCGCCGCCGCCACCGCCGGAUUGCUACGAGGAUGGGAUUGGGAUCUUUGAUGAAUUCCCAAUUCUUUGGAGCUUCUAGACGCGGAAGGAACCACAAGAGCUCACACUAAUUAAUUAAAAUUUUAUUUUAUUUAUUAAUUAUUUUUUCCUGCUCGAUUUAAGUUAGGGAAUUAUACAUCCGAACCCACUUAAUUGGCAGCCGUGGAUUUAUUGAUACAAAGCAAUAUAUUGUAUUUUUCAUA